GGCGCCAGUAUCUAUGGGUUAAAUAUUGCCAAGCCGUCAGACAUGGACGUUAUCCGGGGGAUGACGGGUGUGUGUCCACAGCACAACAUUCUAUUUGACGUUCUCACCCCUCGUGAACACUUGGAAGUGUUUGCUAGUCUGAAGGGGGUAGUGCCUGAUCGACUCAAUGCCGAGAUUAGGACUUUGCUUGUGGAGGUUGGUCUGAUGGAGAAAGCUGAUACACCAGCUAGUAAGCUGAGUGGAGGUCAGAAACGCAAGCUCUCUCUCUGUAUUGCUGUCAUCGGCGAUCCAAAGGUCGUGUUUCUUGACGAGCCGACGGCGAGCAUGGACCCGUACUCGCGCCGGCAGGUGUGGAGUCUGCUGCGCAGGCUGCGGCCGGGCCGCAUCAUCCUGCUGACCACGCACAUGAUGGACGAGGCCGACAUCCUCGCUGACCGCAAGGCGAUCAUGUCCAGCGGCCGCCUGCGCUGUGUCGGCUCGUCCUUCUUCCUUAAGAAUCGGUUCGGCAUCGGCUACCACCUGACUAUCGUGACGUCGCAGCCAUCGUGUGAGCGUGACCGCAGCAGGAUCGUGGCCGCGCUGAGGCAGCAUGUUCCGCUUGGGCAGCAGGCCCGCGCUCAUGGCAUGGAGCUCUCCUACAUCCUACCACUCAACGACAUCAGCAGCUUUGCUGCACUGUUUGAGCAGCUGGAGACAGACAAGGAGGAGCUGGGUGUCGCAAGCUACGGCAUCGCCAUGACAACGCUCGAGGAGGUCUUCCUGAGGCUUGGAGAGGAGGGAGGCGAUGACAUCCUAGAGGAGAGUGUUAACCCAGCACAGCGCCUGAUCGAGAGGCAAGGGAGCGUGUUGAGUUCCAACACUAGGCUAGAGAGAUCGCUGUCCCGAGGUGGCCAUACCAACCCCGCAGAGUUCAACAUCCAAGAGGAGGAGGGAGCUGGGACAACUGCAGGUGGCGCUGUAAUCGGUGUUAGCGGAGAUGUUAUGAGCUGCAGCUACGUUCAGCGAGAGGGAACCGAACUUCACGCCACCUGGUGGCAACAGUUUAAGGUUUUACACAAGGUGCGCUGGAUGAACACACUUCGCAGUAUCAAGGCGGUGUUAGUACGCAUCUUCGUACCAGCUGUGCUCGUGGCCGCCAGCCUUGCCUUGGCUGCCUCCUCCAUACCCUCCACACAGGAGCCAACGAAAUACACGUUCCACAGCGUCACCUACAACACCUGGGACGUGCUGUACACGAACUCGUCGCCGUCCAGCGUGGAUGCUCUCUUGUCGGGGCUGACCUCACAGGGUCUAGACGUGGCGCGGAUGGGCAACUAUGAUGACCUGCUGAACGUGGGAGUGCACUACCAGGCGAUGGACGUACACCAGUUUGACACGGGGGGAGAGAACAUGACCUGGACCGCCAUCUAUAAUGACAGCGGGCUGCACGCGCUGCCAACACUGAUGAACGCCGUGGCAACGGCACGCCUCCGCUCACUCGGCGCUGACGCGGCGGCGGCCAUCGCGGCGUCUGUGCAACCGUGGCGCUCCCUGACGGGAGAGACGUUCACUUUUGAUUUUAUGUCGUUCUUCUCUGUCAUGAUCCUCGGUGUCGUGCUGACGAUAGUUCCUGUAGGAUUCGUCAGCGAGGUAGUCCAGGACAGAGAGGUGAGUGACUGCAGGGAGAUGCUAUCCACAGAUAACACGUGGUCACGAGAUGUUGUCGCUGCUGCCUUGUUUCAUCAUCUGCAUGCUUGGCCUGCUCCUGUUUGCCUACGGCGUAUCGUUCUUGUUUACAAGUCGAGACAGCAGGAGAGACGUUGUCAUUCUCUGCAGCCUUCACUGGCAAUCUACUUACCGUACAUCGCCGUCUCGAUCAUGGACACGGUGGGCGCGAGUGAAACUGCUAGGAUCGUGCACAUCGUCUGCAUCAUCUUCGACCCCAUGUACACACUCAUCGGAGGGCUCUACUACGUGAGCAAGGUUCAUCUCUCCGCCAGCAUUCUUGGAAUCGAGGAGACACCAUCCAUGUACUUCGAGUGGUCAAGCAACAUUCCUGUUACACUUCUAGUGAGCACAGUUCACCUGUUUGCGCUCACACUCCUACUCAGGGUGCUUGUCAUCCGUAAUACAGGGGGCGCCAUCAGCGACGCUUUUCGUCUGGGCACGUCCAAGCGCCAGAUCAGGUUACCGAAGUCAUGCCUCCCACCAGGGGAGAACGAGGAUGAGGAUGUUAAGGAGGAGAGGGAGAGAGUGGCAAGGUUGGCCAGUGACACCACAGGACAGUACGCGCACACUCCUCAGCGAUGUGAAUUAUUCGACAGUGAUCUCUCCUCUGAAGAUGAAUAUGUGAGCCCAGACAUGCCAUUGUUAGCAGCAGGUGGCUCCUUCCAUGCGCGAGUACGCUCGCCAAACCCCAAUUAUGGGAACCACUAUCCUGUUGUCAUGGUCAAGAAUAUGCAGAAGGCGUUUUCCACUGGAGGGCUUUUCGAGAAAGGAAAUGAAAUCAAGGUGGCGGUGCGGAACCUUUCUCUUGCUGUGGAGACGGGUGAGGUGUUGGGACUGCUGGGACCAAACGGUGCAGGAAAGACGACCACUCUGAGUGUGAUAACCUCUGAGACGGCACCAACAGCUGGAACGGUGACCGUGGGUGGUUACAACGUAGUCUCGUGUAUGUCUGAGGCCUACGAGGCGAUGGGUUACUGCCCCCAGCACGACGCGAUCUGGCCUAACAUUACCCUGAGAGAACACCUGAUCUGCUAUGCUGCGAUGCGCGGAGUCCAGCCAACCCAGAUUACACACACAACUAACUACUUAAUGGAUGCUUUGCAAAUCAGGGAACACGAGAACAAGCGAUCAGACGUGCUGUCGGGCGGGACAAAACGAAAGCUGAGUUUUGCGAUCAGCAUGUUGGGGGCACCACAGGUCGUGCUGCUAGACGAACCGUCGACCGGCAUGGAUCCGCAGUCGAAGCGUUUCCUGUGGGACACGAUCAGCGCUAGCUUUACCGGCGACCGUGGCGCCAUCUUGACGACACACUCGAUGGAGGAAGCAGACGCUUUGUGCAGCCGCGUCGGCAUCAUGGUUGCUGGAGAGCUCAGGUGCCUGGGAACUACACAGCACCUGAAGAAUAAAUACGGAGGCGGCUAUAACUUGGAAGUGAAGGCAGCUUGGUCCAGUGCAGAUCCCGACCACCACGAUGGAGCACUUCUGAAUCGCCUAGUGAUGUUCGGCUUUCAGAGCUGGCGAUCGUACAGAGUGCUUCGGAUAGCGGUCUACCUACCACAUCCCACAGUCAGACCGGCUCCUCCGACUGUCUUCCGCAACCUGGACGAGGCGUGA